AUGCAGAUGGAUCACAUUCUUUUACUGUAAAGCUACGUCUUAUUUGGUGCUUAUCUUGGCGAUAGCCAAGUUCAAAUCAGCAUGAAGUUUAAAUCAUGUGAAGUCAGAUGUUUCUUUUGAAUUGGUUACGUUUUGACACAUAGCCUACAUGUUUGGCUUGUUUAACAAGGUGUAUUAUAUACAGUUGCACCAAACACGUUGUUUUAUUUGUGUUAUUUUGGUUAACGUGAUGCAGUUAUAUUCUGUGCAUACAAAAAAGGGCUAUCCUGUUUUCAGUUUACUAUAUUUUAUAUUACACAAUGCAUUUAUUUGAAUCAAAACUAAAGGAUUGCAGAGUACGCUAUAACUAAAUAAACCUGAAGAGCCUUUUGCCGAUCACGAAGUACACACUCUCGUCUUUCAGGCUGUGAAUGAGCCACCGUAGUUGAAGCUUCUCCAUUUAAAAACGUUCGAUCAAGCUCUGGUCCAGUUCUGAUCCUGCUCCGGAGCAACGCAAUACGUCAAAGAAACAAGAUCAAAUGCUGGAUCCAGUACAACUGGCCCCGGCGAGCAAUACAACCGCACGGCGUCUGCGCAGACGUGGCGCUAGUAAGGCAUCAGCCGCAGCAAAGGGUCGACAUUUGUUAAUUUUUCGAAAAUCCGCCCGGACGGAGAUCAGAGGCGUAUGCGGGCAGCUGUUGCUCAGUAUGUGUGGAGGUCCCAUCCGAUAACUUGGCGGUGCAGGGCACUAACAUGAAGCUGGCCUGUAUCUCCUGUAUGAAGAGGGAGGAGGUCAGUGCUGAAACUGAGGUGGAGUGGUUCUACACCUCGCCCGAGGGGGAAAACAUCACGAUGUGCAGCUAUUACAACGGUGUGCAGAGGGAGGUUUGCCCGUAUAAGGAUCGGCUGAUAUGGAAUGGCAGCAGGGAUUUCCAGGAUGUCUCCGUAUUCCUCAUUAACAUCACUCUGAACGACACGGGGAGGUACACCUGCAGGAUCAGGAGAUACUUAAACUUCGAGAUACACAGGCACACCACCGAAACCGAGAAGUACAUUGAUCUGCUGGUCACAGAGGAAGCCGGGGAGGACUUCACUGCAGUCGUCUCUGAGAUUAUGAUGUACGUUCUGCUGGUGUUCCUGACUCUCUGGCUGCUCAUAGAGAUGGUUUACUGCUACAUAAAGAUCUCAAGGGCUGAUGAGGUGGCGCAGGACAGUGCGGAAAGCAUUGGAUCACUGGAGCAAGGGAAGACGCCUGAACCUCCAGAACCAAUACAGGGAAGGUGUACCGCACUGCAUACACUGUGAUGAUCCAGUAUCUUGCAAUUCCGGACAGUAUUCCUAUGUGUUAGUCAGCAGUCUCUGAGCACCCACCAUCGCGAGUUAACAAACCCAAGCUGAGUUGUCUUUGCGUUCGUGUAGCAUGCUGUUCGGAGGACGUGGGCAGUGUUUACUUCACCAUUGUUUCAUUAUUUUGUUGUAUUUUCUAAAUUACAUUUGUGAUCCUAAAACCUUAACCCAGGGAUGACACAGCAGUCCGUGCUCUGUGUAAUGUGUGCCUCACAAUACUUAAGGGAUCUGUCUGUAUGAGAGCUCACAGAAUACACGGCAUUUAUAUGUGUUACAAAUAUAGAUGUGUUAUGUUGCGAUCACAAGAUAAAUGAUCUCGGGUACCUGACAUAUUUCUGACUGGAAAAUGGAAAGAUCCGCUACACAGUGACAGUGUUUAGGUGGCCUUAGCAAUAGGAAUUUGUGCAUGUUACUGAUGUAUAUAUUUCUGCAUGCUAUUGUGACAUCACAAACACAGAAUUAUGUUUUUGCUAGUAGUGUGUGUGUGGUAUACGUGUAGUAGCCUGUAGAAUAUCAAUGGAAGCCUUUAACUACGAGUUGGAUUCAAAAGAGCUAAGAUUUCAGGCAGCUGAGAGCAAGAGAGUGCUUUGUCAGAUUGUGUGUGUGCUUUUCUUCUUUAUUAUGAAAUGGUUUAUGUAGUGGUAUUGUUUAUAUAUUGGUUAAUCUGCUUUAGUAGUGACUUCAAUAUAAUGCAUACUGUAUGUUUUGUAGGUUUGAAAGUGCUGUUGAAAAAAAGUUAUUGAAGUUUCAUUGGAGUUUGUAAUAAGAAAUAAAGAAAACCAUUUAAUCUGGAACCUUUUUGUGACUUUUUUCCCCCUAAGAAUGAUGUUAUUAGAAUAAUCGAUAAUCGCAAUCGGAAUUAUUUUCAAAUAUCGAAUCGAUAAUCGAAUCGACUUGUAAAAGUGAUAAUCGCUCAUCACUACUUCAUACCCCAUUUCAGUUAAACUGAGGCAGGCCCCCCUUUAAUUGCCCUUUUAAGAAAAGCACACCAGGUCCCCUUUUGAUCUUGUAGUUGCCCUUUUAAGAAAGGAAUGUUUGUUAGGGACUUGAUUAGAGACAGCUGAGGGUGGUUGUGCUGUGCACUGUGUCCUGCUAGAACAAGUGAGGCAGGGUUUGCUUGCCAAGAGUAAAGUGUGUCUCUACGGUAAGCUGGUUUUGUGGCCUGACUGACUUGAAAUGCUUGUUUAUCUUCAGCAGGCUGCCUGUCCGGUGAGAACAUUCCUUUUAUUAAAUGAUAUGCAGAGUGUUUUGUGGUACUACUUCUUUGAUAGUGUUCUGAAGCUGGUGCAUGUAUAAGUGUGUGUGUGUAUAUAUAUAUAUAUAUAUAUAUAUAUAUAUAUCUAUAUAUAUAUAUAUAUAUAUCCUUGUGUUAACCACUUGUCAUUAAUGCAUGGUGUUGUGUGUUAAUCCGGAGGACUGGUUUGCAGUCGCCUCUUCUCUUUUGUUCUGUUCCUGAGCCUUUGUGAGCAUUGCUUGUCUUGGAACUAGUGGUAUAACUAGUUUUUUUUUGGUUUUUUUUUCUGGUCAAACCAGAUUUUGAGGAGGUGUUUCCUCGUUUUGUGGAAAGGGGUUUCCAGGAUAGGUGACGUGUGCUGCAGAAGAGGAGCUGUGGAGCUCUUGUGGGAGUGACCUAGACAAAACCACAUGGGUGUCAUUUCAAGGCUUGUUGCAAGGACUUCCCAAUGAAAAUAUAUUGAUUAAGUUAAGGGGUCGGGGCAACACGCUAUGGUCCACUUGAGCUGGAAUGACCCACUGGGCAGAUGUGUGCUGCUGGAGCCUGAUGCAUUCACAAGCCACGGUUCAUCGCAUUGCCACGAACAGUUGUUCCACAGCAAGUGACUAUCGCAAGCCUGGUCACCCCUCUCAUUUUCACCCGAGUCUCAGGCAGCAGGUUUGUUUCGUUUGGAUGGGGGGCCUGCUUGUCCGUACGGGCUUGUACAUUUUGAAUGAAAAGUAAAGCAGGCUACUUGUACAAAAAGUGCGCUAAACUUAGACAAUAUUUUUAUAUAAUUCAUUUUCAAGUCUGAGGAACAUUUCUGAGUGACCCGAUUUUGUUACGUUUUUUUGCAAAGCUCCCCAGGCAAUAAUCUCAUCAGUCGAUUUGCACUGCGACACACAGAGGAAAUAAACAGGACACAUUCGAUAGAGGCACACAUCUUGUUUGUUGAGAUGCUGUGUUCCCUGUAGUGUAGUGAAACAUACAUGUAGUUUGGGGUGUUUUACGAAUGGACCGGACCACAUUCUCCCCCAGAAAAUAGACAUCCAAGCAGCCUGACCUAAAUGAAAUCUUUAAUGAAAUGAGUGACCUGUAAAAUAUCAGCAAGGGGCUGAGAAACAUCUAUAAUGAGUUCUCUGUUAAGAAUAGCAAUAUCAGAUUAAUUAAAAUAUUCAUAUAUACAAUAAUGGAUUGCAAAUUAAAAGCAGGUUUUGCAUCUGGGAUUAUUUUUCUCUGAUGAUGUAAAAUACUGCAGAAUCUAGGUUAUUUCUUUAUUUUAAAAGGAUUCCCACAGGGUCCUGCAUUUUCUUAGUAUAUUUCUGUUCAGUUUUUUACUCCAACACAGUUUAAGGAUCUUGGGAGUAUUGUCUUUAUGAAAAGCAAACUUUGUCAUUUGAAAAACAACCCUACAGUACAGAGUUUAAAACCAGGGUUGCGAUCAAUUUGUUUUUCAAUUCUAUCGCCUCAUUGAUCAAAAUUGCAAUUAGCAGUAUUCUGUUAAAAUGAGCUUCUCACAGUGGCAAAACUAAUUACAUUGAAGUCACUGUUAGUCAAUCAAAUUGGCUUAAAAUGAAAGCAGCUGCACAGUCACAACAAUUGUCUCUAAAAUAUGAAUGCCAGUUCUUAUUCCUUUGAAGAAUUUGGAAUUGGAAUUCGGAAUAGAUUUUAAAAAGGAAUUGGAAUUGAAAACAGGAGUUGACCCCACAACCCUGGCUAAAACUACAUCCAGGAUGUCUGGGGAAUGAGAGGGGAGAUGGGCUGUAGACUUUUCCUGUGUCCAGAUAUUAGGUGUCUCAGAGAUUACCAGUAAUCACAUUGUGAAUUUGUUGUAAUGUUCACACAACACACAGGUUUUAUUGAGGACUUGCAUUGCAGAUUUUAGAUUUAUAGGAUUUGUAGUCUCUUACUUGGUGUCAAAUUUGUGGCUCCUUAAUUGUUCAUGGCUAACACUGUUGCAAUUUACAACCGCGAUUACUUCAGUUCUACCUGAAUAAUGGCUACUGUACUUGUGUGUGUUGUUUGAAGUGCUGUAACAAGGUGUUUUUUUUUUUAAGACCUGGAUGUCACUUUCUAAGCCAUGUAUCUUGGGUAAAAAAUGGUUUUAAUCUCCAGGAACCCAAAAAUUACACUAAUGAUGCAGAAUAUGGAGAC